UAAAGAACUUUUUGCAGUUGCUAUAGGUUAUAGAAUAUACUUUUUUAACUUCAUAUUUUGUAUGUCAAGCAUUCUGUUUUGGUUUCUCCUGUCUUGAAACUGCUAUGUGUUAUGUACAACUGAAAUGACAGUGACGUAAAAAUGAUCCAGAUGUUUUGUGUUGGAAGCUGUUGCAGAUUCAGCCCUUUUAUUCUACUUUUAAAUUUCAGUUGUUUGUACAUUAACAUAAAAGUUGCUGAAAUUUUAGUGCUUUUAUAUUGAAAAUUCCUAAAGGAAAGUGCUGUCACAUAUUCUCACUACCUUGACACCGGCUGACGGUCUGUCAGCUACAGAGAAAUGGAGUGUCAGUGUGACAAGGACGAGGAUGCUGUUGCAGGCUUCUGGAUGAAUGGCAACAAUGUCCAGAUGGGAGCUGUUACUGUGGUGGGGUAUCUUCUCUACAGAUUCUCACAGACACUCCCAGCUCUGAUCCGAUGGCCGAUUCGUCUGUUCUGCUCUCUAACUGGUCUGACAGCUCUUUGGGGCUGGGUGAGCCAUGUAGUUGGAACUCUUCGUGGGAUCCAGAGCCUGUGUAAAUGGAUGGCUCGAAUCUGGCGGUUUAUCGCACGAGUUUCCUCCAAGUUUAAGGGGCUUGGUGCUGCAAUCACAGGGUCAUCCGAUGGACCACUAGAUCCGACCAGCAGCAGUCCCAACAAACCAGGCCUGAGGCUGAUCCUCCUGGGCCCCAAGGGUGGAGGACGGACCUCCCUCGCAGUGACUUUGUUGGGCAGCAGUGAGACAAUAACACCCAUGGAUCCUCUAAUGGAGAGCACCAAGAGAAGGAUGGUAAUUGAUGGUAGAGAGGUGACGGUGAUCGACACCCCAGAUCUUUUGGGGACUUCACUGGGGGACAGCAAGAGAGCAAGGGAAGCUCUGAGGAGCCUUCAGCUCACCAGUCCUGGACCACACGCCUUCCUGCUGGUGAUGCGAGCUCCGGGCUCCAGCAUGGAGAUCGACCAGAAUGUGGCUCAGGAGAUCAGAGCCACGCUUGAACUGUUUGGAGACGGGGCCAUGGGGUACAUCAUCCCAGUGCUCACCCAUGCAGACCAUCUGGGUCGAAAGCAUUCUGUAGAUAAGCUGCUAGAUGCGGACACUAGUCUGAAAAAGGCUCUGUCUCUAUGUGACCAGAGGCCAGAGCUGGUGGACAACAGGCCAGACUGCCCCCCAGAGGCACAGACUGAGAUGCGCAGGCAGCUGUUGGGGCGUGUAAUAGAGAUGGACACCCUGAGGGGGUAUUUUGUCCACGAGCUGCAGAGGAGGGAGGACCGCAUCAGGGAGGAGCUGCUAGAUGACAUGGCUUCUGCACUGGCUAGAAAAGUGGGACACAUGUAAAUAAGGGAGGACAAAGGAGCUGGUGGUGGUGUCUGUGUGAAAGAGUUGUUGGGGCGGUGAAAAAAUAAGGAGGCAGGAUUCAUUCAAGUGUUAAACAUGCAAUUCUGAGUUUGAGUGUAAGGGGGAUUCUUUGCCUGAGGUAUUUUUGUUGCUUUUCUGGUUUACCACUGUCCAAAUGAAUUUACAACCAUCAGCCGCCUUUUGGUUUUCAACAUGCCGCAGAUGUUUUCGGGUUAGAUAUGUUCACACACAUUCUGAUGUGUUGUCAUUAUUAGAUGUCCAUUAACUCUUCUGUAUAGGUCUGUGCCUCAUGUUUUCUUACUCUGCUCUAGUGCUCAGCCCUCCCCUGUCUUUCAUAAUUUAUUAGAGAUAUCAAACUUUAAAGAUGAUCAGGGAAAAUAAAGUGAAGUCAAACUGGAACUUUGAGUUCAGCAGUGCUGUCUAAUGUGCCUCUGAAAUAUAAUUUGGACCAAAGGAUUACUAAAAUAUGAGAUGACUCAAAAUUUAUUGCAGACUUUAUAGACUAUGAUCUGUGAACAUAAAAAAAUCUUCAUUGUGGAAACAGAUGACAGUGACAAGUUGACUUAUGGUAUAAUAACAUUAGUAAAUCGAUAAAUCAGUCAAGCUUUAAUUGGGGAAUAUUAAUAUAAUCUCAGGGCAGAGUGGCCCUGUGGUUAGAGAGAACAUUUAGCAAAACAGUACAGACCUUCAGCAGACCAGUUAGGGUCAUUAUAGGCAUGAUGCAUAAUCUUUAGCAUGAGGAAUAAAAUGGCAUCCACUCGUCUGCUGUUCUUUUGUCAGGCCUGACCUCUGAUCUGAGAGAAAUAGAGAAGA